AUGAGAGAAAGAGCCCAGGAUAGAUUCGACAGGCUCGUGGAAAAGCGCUGGUUGGCCAGAAUUGACGAGUUGGAGAAGGAUGGGAGGACUCUACUGCUGACGCAGAUGAUGUUUCUCACGGGAAACGCCGCCACCCUCCUUCUACCAGCCCCAAUUUUGGAACAGCAACAACUUCGGAUCACGGAGCUAGUAAGGGAAGCCACACCAGGGGAAGGGCAUGAAUCGGACAACAGCAGUGGUUUUCACACCAGCCAUAUGUAUUUCCGAGAGUUUGAGAAGACGGAUCUGAUGGAGCAGCUGGAUGCAGGUGGAGAGGAGAGUGUAGAGGGAGAGGCAGGGAACGAAGUGGGGCAAGCGAUUGUUCUGGCGAUGUCGGGCCCAAAAUCUGAACAGAAACAGGGCACUGUGGAUCUGCUUGCGUGGAAGGAUAGUUACAGGGCUAUUUCACGAAAAGGAGUCAUCGAGUGUGCUGUUUGCGAGUCUGGAAAGUUCAAGAACGGGUCGGGGGUAACGAAGCACAAUGCCAGCAAGCGACACCUACUCAAUGUCCGACUUAGGUUGUACGAGAAGUUCCCACAUCUAGCAUAUGACAUCAAUAAGAUCACUGGAAGGUCUGAGCCGCAUGUGGACAUUCAGGUCAUUUGGAAAGCUUGCUGCCAAGAUAAGUCUGGACCUUCCUGGGACACUCGGUCAGGGGAGAAAAACAUCAAAGAGCUGCAGACCACUUGGGCUGUCGAGGAUUUCUUUCGGUUUGGAAGUUUUGAAGCGGGCUACUUGAGCUGCAAGUUGACGUCUUCAAAGGAGCUUUUGAUUAUUGUCCCUCCGGUAGAGAUCACUCAUGUAAAUAGCAAGCUUACAGGUCAAAGGUGUGAAAUCAUCUAUGGCUGGUGCCAGCUGAACUCGUCGGGAGCAUUCAGAAAGGCAGAAGGGAUGCCGCAACCUGCUGAAGGAUGGGCGCAUGUAGAAGCAAGGGCAAGGGACGCUGCAGCUGGCAUGCUGUUCUGCAAGUACCCUAUCUCAGAAGAGUUGGUGGCCAAGUCAGAGGCAAUCUUGCGAGCGAAGUAUGAUUCUGAGGAAGCGUUCAUAAGAGCUCGUGAGGCGCGCCAGGAUGCACGCAGGAACAUCGUGCCGGAGAAGGAGGACCAGUCUCAGGCAGCGCAAGAUGCAAGGGUGAGAAGGGAGGAGAAAGCCAUGCAAACAGCAAUCCGCUACUACGAGUACCAGAAGAAUCCUUACGAGACGUACAAGUUCAAACCACGACCCGGUGAGUAA